GACAUGAAUACACAUUACAUUAGGAAAAGAGCGAAACUUCACGAUGAACCUUUCACUGAUUGGUUUUCGGCUUAAUUUCUAAGACAGAGUAGGACUGUUUUCUGUAACGUUUCGCCAACUCCGAAUUUAUACAUGAUCUUAUCAGAACUGUUGUUGUGAUCUGAUGUAACAUGGAAAAGGAUGUGAUAAGGACACCUUCCUUCCAGGAGGCAUCUGACCUCCUCAAAGUCCACCUUCAGAAGAAACACCGCAUCAAACGACGCUCACCUUGCCCUUCUCAACCACCUACUAAACAAGAGAUUCGCAAUGAGGCUGCAAGGAUUCUGGAUCAGUUUCUUCAGAAGGAACUUAAAGAAAACAAGGGCAAACACAGGAGACCCCUGAUAGGCACAGCAUAUCAACAGGUGACAGAUGUAGAUGUUACAGAGGAGGAGUACUACCUCCACAACUCUUAUCACUCCCACCAGGGGGCACCACUGUCUCCUGACAGCUCAAGCGACAGGCAACAAUCAGUUGGCAACUCCAGUCAUGCAGGUCAUACCUCUGUAAUUCAUUCCCGUGGACCCUCUGAACUCUCACAUGCAUCGUUGACCUCUGGUAAAACAUCAUCUGUGAUUCAUUCGCGCGAAACGUCAGAACUUUCUCGUACUUCAAUUAAUUCUGCUAAAACUUCCAUCCAUUCGUUACUAGCAGAUAAUGAGGAUAUACCAUUUGCUGAUGAUUAUGACACAGUGCCUCGGGCAAAGAGUUUGCCACCAAAUCUGUCCCCAGCUCAUAGAAUCGAUAAUAAUGUUAUGACAACAUCAUACUCUUUGAGUCCCUCAAAAUUAGAGAAUUUAGACAAAAAUAAAGACAUUGAUGAUUUAAGGUUAAAGACAAAAGAUUCAAGGGUAGCACCCAGGCCUGUCAAUGGAAAUUCAUCAUCAACUGUUAUACCAAGAGGGCGUCAACGCUAUAGAUCUGGGUCUUUAUCAUCCUCGGAUACCGAGAGUGAGGUAGUAUCACCAGAAAGGAAGAAAAAAUCUGUGUUUAAAAGAGCAAAAGAAAGAUUGAAUAGUGUGUUGAACAGAAGCAAAGACAGAAAGUCUGAUGACAGAGAUUGUGAUAAUGUAACGAAAAAUGGGAAAUACACUCAGAAUAAAAAAGGUGGGGCUAAAGUUUUGGAGGAAAGACAUACCCACAAACAUGGCCAUAUAGAGCAGCAUCAUUAUACAGAUGGGGAGCGAACAGGCUUGGUGAGGUCUCAGGAAAUCUGGGAGUCAACUGACAUCACAGACCAGGAACAUAGCAAACGAAAACACAUUGACAAGCACAGCAAUGUGAAAGAGAGUGCUGAUCUGUCCAGUUCAGCCAAGACAUCUGAGGGCGGAAUUUUCAGCAGUCUCCGCAAGUUGACCACACGCAGAGGCAAGAGGUCGAGGAAGAAAGUUCCAGGAUCAAAAUCUGCAGAUUUUAACAUGAUAAAGAAAAAGAAGGGUAAAAAGGCAUAUCUAAGGAACAUCUCUGUUCCUGAUGGACCAAUUAGAGAUGGGGAGAACAGCCAUUUUGAGACCAGCUUUUUCCAGAUGGAUGGUCGACGAACAAAACAUACUUCUCAUGUGACCUCGAUAGAUGAUGUUGGGCUUAAUGCAAUUAGAAAUCUUGAUAUUGGACAAAGGUCAGAACCAAUGGACAUUGAAGGACAGGGUCUCCAUGGUAACCAGUCAUUUGCUUUAGACUAUGACAUUGAGGAGACGGAAUUCAGAAGGAGGUUACCUACAGGAGAAAUAGAUAUUGAAAGAAAUGUUCACCAACAUCAAACGAUAGUGGAUGAUCUUGAAGUGGAUGGGAAUACACAACCUGAUGAUGAAGAUGAUGGGCCAGGUUUAGCGGAGGGAGCUGUAGGGAAUCUAGAAGGGGGAGAUAAUGCUACACAGGAAGAUAAGGAGAAAUUGUAUGGAAUCAUAGCUGAACGACUAGCAGAGAUGGGGGAUAGCUACAUGGCUGGAGCUUCAGGGGAGGCUCACCCUGCAUCACCUCGACGAGCCUCAAGUACAGCUCAGGCAUCCCUGGAAGCUUCCUUUGAUGUCAGAGAUGGUGAUGGUCUCAAUUCAUUAGAGAGGGAACUUAGAGACAGUUUGCGAAACUUUGGAGACAAUUUCAGUGUUGAGCAUCCAGUGUCAGCUGAAGUGACCGAGGCAGCAGUGGACAUUGUCAAACAGGCCACUUACAACUCAUUCACUGAUACCCUCAAACGUGCCAUUGGAGAUGAGGUUGGUUGGCACCAGCUUGCUACACUAUUCUACAUCACAAAGAAAACAGUUCAUGCUGCAGGUGCAGGUGGUGCAGUUGCUCUCAAGGUUAAGGAAAUGAGUCUACGUUACCUAGAGGAUAAGUUUGCUGGCUGGAUUGUUGACCAGGGUGGAUGGGACACUGUUCUGGAAUCAGAGAGUACCGACUCUGAGCUGGAUUAAUCACUCAACUGUGUUGUUUGUUUUGUUAAGAUAAAAUGAAGUGUUACUAUGGAGAUGUAAAAAAUCACACUGUUACUAUGGAGAUGUAAAGAAACAGACUGUUGCUUUGGAGAUGUAGAAAACAGUUUGUUACAAUGAAGAUUUCAACAAAAACAAACAAACAUAUACUAUGGAGAUGUGAAAAACAAUCUGUUGCUGUGGAGAUGUGAAAAGCAAUCUUAAUGUGGAGAUCUACAAAACAAAGUUACAGGAAGUCGUUACCAAGGAAACGUGGAUUGAGGGAGUUUACAUGAUACACUGUUAUAAUUUGUGGCCUUUAAUUUUGUUAAACAUUCAGGGUCAUACACUUUCACUUUCCAGGUUUGGAUUUGUACCAGACUUUCUCCCCUUUGGUAUGUACAUAUUGUACAUUAGAAUAUGAAAAUAUAAAACAUAUAUGUACCAUUAAGUCACCUCAAGUAAUCUUUAGGUCUGAGUUUUACCUGAUGAGCUGAAUAACAAGAGAUUACAUAUAAACUUUUUAAGAAUUAUAGUUAAAAGUUUAAAAGGCUGCUCAUUUUUGUUCUGGAGGUAUUUUUAUUAGAGGUGAAAAGCAUCUUGCCUUUUUAUGAGAUUCAGUAUAUGAUAAUAAUGAAGAUCAUGGGAAAAAUAUGCCUUAUGAUUGUCUACUGUAGAGCUUCCCAUGGCCAAUUGGCGUUGCUGUAAUUAACAGUUAUGGGUACUUUAGUUUUGAUUCAGAAGUGAUUUUAACAAACUACUUUUGUAGAAUGUAUAUUUUGUUAGUAAAAGUAGGAAAUGUAUUUCAAAAUUGGCUUGAUAUACAAAAAAACUAAGACAGAUGAUUAAUUCAUAUGAAAAAUUUCUCGUCAUAAUACACUGUUCUAAAUUCAGCAGUUAUUGCUGAGUUAAACCUACAUGUUAAAUGUAAAUACCAAGUGUUAUGGCAACAGUAAGUGUUCCUUUGAUAACAAUGCUAACAACAUAUAUGACUGCUUUGGAGAUAAAUUGGAACUGAACUGAUGAUGAAGGGGAGGUUUUUAGUGGAAACAGCUGUCAUCAUGAGGAAGAGUGCAAGAUAUGCCAGUAGGAAAGAAGCUUCAGUUUUCUUUGUUUUUGUUACGAAAUUUAUCUGAACAAUUGGUGUUUAUGUGAUAUAUUUAAUCAAGAUUAAUGUCCCUUCUUUAAGCCAACACUAUAUCUAAGCCAAACAGAACAAGCAUGUUGGCCACAAUUUCCUUUUUUAUUCAAUAACAUAGUAUUACUAAAGUAAUUCAAAAUUAAUCUAAUUGAAUUAUAAAUCUUUUCAUACAUGUAUGUUUUUUGAUAGGAUGAUAAAAAUGUCUAAAUUCAAAAACCAGGGCCAGGUCCUCAUCAAAAGUCAUCAGAUCAUUUGAUUGGUUUGAGAAAAUGGUUCCCUUUUAAAUAGCCUGAGGGAAUAUGUUGUGUAGUUGUUGGCAGCAGAUAUCUCAUUUAAGUAGUAUCUGUUACAAUGUGUUCUAGAGUAUGAAAUAUUUUCACUUGUGAUCUCACUUUUUACGUUGUUUUUAAUAAAAUCUUUGUUGGUGCAAAAAUCAGAUGUUAUUUUUUUCCUAAUGUUUUUUUUGUAUAUUACAUUUUUCUCAUUUUAUUUUGUGUGAAUUAAAGAUGAAUUUUUUGUAUCUAAUCUCUGUGUGACAAUAUAUUAUAUUGAUGCUGGAAUUCUGCAGGAUUUUAGUAUUUUUUAUCUGAAACAGUGCUGGUACUUAAACAGAAUUUUAGAAAACAGGAUGUACAAUGUAUUGAUUUUUCUCAUAUGAUGUUUUAGUCUCCCAAUUUAUCAUGUGUUGCCUUAAAAAGGCAGCUUUUUAAAAAUCUUUAUAAGAAGUAUGUUUCAUUGUUUUAUGAUCCACUAAGUUUCCAUAUGACAACUUGAUUUCAUUCAGGUCAAUAAAAAACAAACAUCAUUCAUUGCAUCCCCAGUUAAAAUUCUGAC